UUGGGGGAUGGUGCGAUGUUCUGCAGCUCUUUUGGUAAUUAUAACCUCUUUCUCUCUCUCUUGCAGCUCCGAGCUAACAAUGAUUUGCCUUCCGCCAACCAGGCCUCCCUGAAUGAGGAGAAGGACAAACCUGGGAAGUCGGAGACGGUGGAAGAGGAAAUUGACAUUGACCUCAACGCCCCGGAGACAGAAAAGGCCGCUCUGGCCAUCCAGAACAAGUUCCGCCGCUUCCAGAAAAAGAAACCAAACCCAAGCUCGUGAGGAGGACAGCUCCACCCGUGACCUCAACACUGCCCUGUACGAUAUACACUGUGCGCAGGCUCGCCUACUUCUUCCACUUUCUUUUCUAUGAAGUGCAAGCCAAGUAACAACAGGGCUCAGCUCCCCUCCCCUUUCCCCUACACUCCCCCCUCCCCCGUCCCAUUAAAUUAUUAUGAAUGCUGAUCUUUUAAACUGAGCCCGUGCCCCCAACAGGCUGACCAUGUUUCGGCCAUCUUGCAUUUACUCCUGGCUCCGAGUGUAGCUGUUGGGAUCGAUAGAAAGGAAGGAAGAGUUUUCUAUGAAAAAAGCUGAAUAGUGAGGUCUUCUCUUGUACGGAGGACCACAGAGGUCCCCUUCUUAAGGCAUGUUCUUAUAUAGCAUAUAUUAUAUUUAAAUAUUUAUUAUAUAGAAUUGAAUGAAUAUAGACCAUCUCGGUGGCCAUCUUCAUUUUACCCAUAAUUGCCUUAUUCCAUCUCACUCCAGCCUCAUGCAAAUUAGAGCCUCCCCUUGACCCCACCCAACCCGUUUGCUCCACCCCUGAGGAGACAUAAACUCGGUCACCCCACCAAAAAUGAUAACUGGGCUCGUGUUCUGUUGGAUUUUGACACUCAUGUAAUAUCUCUUGAUGAGUCUGAAGCAAGUUAUUACAAUUUCCACAAAAGUGUCAGUAAACAAAGAUAUAAUGCAUGAGUUAUAUGUCUUAACUGCACGUCUUGCAUGCAUUAUAGCUUUGUGAAUUGAUACCUUUAUAUGGCUGCCGCUCUUUUUUAUAGAAACAGGUUGGCCUGACUCUCAGGUAAGAGUCAGACCUAGGCUGGGACAAGGUUCGUUAGCACCCAAAGUAAUAAGGCCAAAGGGCAACCUUCCCAUCCCCACCAUGGACUGUGAACUACUCUA